AUGGUGGUAUUUGUUAUGUGGACUGUUGGAUCUGUGAAAGCUACAUUGAGGCGAUCCAGUGAACGUAUCAGUGGGUAUUCUAAUUACCAGUAUUCACUCUAUUUCAGAGAUAUCGAUGUUAUCUACAACACAGACGACAUACGUCUGAACUGGGGAUGGGGAAGAACCGGUAAUGUUACAGCAAUAAUGGAUAGCGAGGUGUCUUUGCCAGGCUUUACGUUACACGAGACAACUACGACCAAACAGGAGAUACCAUUUCCGAUGGGGAUUUACGAUCGCCUAAUAUGCAGAUUCGACCUUUAUCGGCAGAUUAUUUACUACGUUAUGGAGUAUUAUGUACCAUCAUUCUUGCUAGUCAUAUUAUCAUGGGUGUCAUUCUGGUUAAGCGUUGAAUCCACUCCUGCUAGGGCAAGUCUGGGUAUAACUACAGUUUUGACGCUAACUACUCUGAGCUCUCUGGCACGCACACAGUUACCAAGAAUUACUUACCUGACGGCUAUUGAUGUAUGGAUACUGGUUUGCUCUUUGUUUGUAUUUGCGGCAUUAUUGGAGUUCGCCGUCGCAAGCUACGUCGCUAUACAUUUCAAUAAGUCAUAUUCGACGUCUCGUUCUUGUCACAAUCGUGCUAAGUCAUCGGCUGAACAAGUAUCAGUCAUGGCCACAUUGUCAUCAUCAGAUAUGGAGGAAGGCAAAGCAUCGUUGACCCGCCGCAGUUUCAGAUCAUCUAAAACCGGUUCAAGCAAUUGUACAGCAACACUUAUUGACAACUGCUCCAGAGUGUUAUUCCCAGUUAGUUUCAUACUAUUCAAUGUUGUGUAUUGGCUCAAGUAUGGAUUAGUGUUGUAA